AUGUCGACAGAGAGCACCCAGUCACAGGCGUGCUGCAACACACCCGCCGUUACCAGCGGCACCUACAAGGAGAAGGGUGAAUGGAUCCAAGCUGAUGGACUCAAGACUUAUGCCACUGGUUCCAAGGAUACAAAGACUGGAAUUUUGGUCGUCUAUGACAUCUUCGGCUUUUUCCCACAGACACUCCAGGGCGCUGACAUCCUCGCCUACACCGACAAGGAGCAGCAGUACCAGGUGUUCAUGCCCGACUUCUUCGACGGUUCGCCAGCAGACAUCUCCUGGUACCCGCCGGAUAACAAGGAGAAUGAGCAGAAGCUCGGCGAGUUCUUCAAGAACUCAGCUGCACCGCCCAAGAUACUACCGCGUAUCCCCAAGAUCGUCGAUGAGCUGAGCAAGAGCAAGGGCAUCGAGAAGUGGGCCAUCCUUGGCUUCUGCUGGGGCGGAAAGAUUGUCAACCUCUCCUCGCAAGAGAACACAAAGUUCAAGGUUGCGGCUGCCUGCCACCCGGCUAUGGUUGCGAAGGACGAUGCGCCCGGCAUUACAAUUCCCUACAUUAUGCUGCCGUCUGGCGAUGAGUCAAAGGACGAUGUUGAGGCGUGGCAGAAGAGCGUCAAGGUCCCCAAUGUCGUCGAGUGGUUCCCCGAUCAGGUACACGGCUGGAUGGCUGCGCGCAGUGAUCUGUCGCAAGACAAGGUCAAGAAAGAGUACGAGCGUGGUUACAAGCUGGUCUUGGACUUUUUCCACAAGCACUUGGGUGCAAGCUCGAAGCUCUGA